AUGCAGCUCCUUAGUAAUUUAAGCGCUCUGUCGGCAUCAACCACAACAGAGAGAGUUCAGCCAACUGGCACCCGUAAGAUUCACUACAACGCACUAGGCGACUAUGAUUUUGUCCUCAAGACACCAAAGCCUAUUAAUAUGUCUCUGGCGCUACCACACUAUCGUGCGCGCAAUCAGCCGGUAGACCACCGUCUGGCCAUGUUCGUUAGUACCGAGACGUCGCCCAUUAAGCUUAAAGUUUGUCGGUCUAUGCCUCGCUGCAGGUUUUUCCUUGACAUCCGGACUAGCUCUUCCAACGUGACCCUUUGGUUGCCCUCGGAUUUUCGCGGUCACAUUCGUUGCUCGGGCACUCCAUCUUUCUCAGCCGGUUUCGUCAACCGCAUGAUGGCAAAUGUCCGGGUGAAUGAGGCAAUGUCGAUUAAUGACAAUUGGGAUGGCGAUGAAGUAUGGGUCGAUACCUGCGGUCCGGUGACGUUCAGGAUGUGGGACGUUUACACCAAUGCUCCAGAGAGCCAGCCCAAAGAAACGUUGAAACGCCUUUUCAGUUCGACUUCUAAGAAAUUACCGGAGAAGAGCAUUAAUUGGGAUUUUCUUCUUGAUGAUUAA